GAGCGACCAAUGGGCUGCCGCGAGCCGACGCCCCUCGCUGCGCGGCGGCGAGGCGGGGCUUCCGCCACGGCCGCUGGGCGGAGGUGAGCGCGCCAUGGAGGCGGCCUAGGCGCGGCCGUGGGCUCUGCGCGCCGGGCUCCGCGCCGGGCCCGCAGGUAUUAAAAUAUGCUGUUGUCAAUAGGAAUGCUGAUGUUGUCUGCCACUCAGAUAUACACUAUUUUGACUGUUCAGUUAUUUGCUUUCCUGAAUCUUUUACCAGUGGAGGCAGAUAUUUUAGCGUAUAACUUUGAAAAUGGAACCCAGACCUUUGAUGAUCUACCUGCCAGGUUUGGCUACAGACUACCAGCAGAAGGCCUGAAGGGAUUCCUAAUAAACUCAAAACCAGAGAAUGCUUGUGAGCCUAUAGCUCCCCCUCCGCUGAAAGACAAUUCAACCAGUGUUUUUAUUGUGUUAAUUCGAAGGCUUGAGUGCAACUUUGAUACCAAGGUUUUAAAUGCACAGCGAGCUGGAUACAAGGCAGCUAUAGUUCACAAUGUUGAUUCUGAUGACCUCAUAAGCAUGGGAUCCAACGACAUUGAAAUUUUAAAGAAGAUUGACAUUCCUUCUGUCUUCAUUGGAGAGGCAUCAGCUAAUUCUCUUAAGGAAGAAUUUACUUAUGAAAAGGGUGGCCAUGUUGUGUUGAUCCCAGAGUUCAGUCUUCCUUUGGAAUACUACUUAAUCCCUUUUCUAAUAAUAGUAGGGAUCUGCCUUAUUCUCAUUGUCAUAUUUAUGAUCACAAAAUUUGUGCAAGACAGACACAGAGCAAGAAGGAAUCGGCUUAGGAAGGAUCAGCUUAAGAAACUUCCUGUACAUAAAUUUAAGAAAGGAGAUGAAUAUGAUGUAUGUGCCAUUUGUCUGGAUGAAUAUGAGGAUGGAGACAAGCUCAGAAUCCUUCCAUGUUCUCAUGCAUAUCACUGCAAGUGUGUGGACCCAUGGCUGACAAAAACAAAAAAAACAUGUCCUGUUUGUAAGCAGAAAGUGGUCCCUUCUCAGGGAGACUCUGACUCUGAAACAGACAGUAGUCAAGAAGAAAAUGAAGUAUCUGAAAAUACCCCCUUGCUUAGACCAUUAGCCUCAGUUAGUACUCAGUCCUUUGGGGCUUUGUCAGAAUCUCACUCCCAUCAGAACAUGACAGAGUCCUCAGAAUAUGAGGAAGAUGACAAUGACAAUAUUGAUAGCAGUGAUGCAGAAAAUGGAAUAAAUGAAGAAAGUAUAGUAGUUCAACUACAGCCCAAUGAUGAAAGGGAUUAUAGAGUGACAAAUAUUGUUUGAGACUACUAUUGAUUAACAGUGUAUGAACAAAAGAGUUCUUAAGGUCAUACUUUACAAACAUUUAUGUAGGUAAUAUAUUUUAAUUUGUAAUCCAUCUGGUUUCUUCAAUAGCGGUUCAUGUACUAGUACUAUGGUUUAAUCAUUACAAAUAGAUUUAUUUUUGAUUCAGGUAUUCAGUCACAUGUGUUCUUAAAACAAACAAUUUAACUGGACUUCACAAUGCUAAUGACUAAUGUUUAUAGUUUAUAUAACUAGAAAUAUUACACAGACUACUUUAAAUGUCAGUGUCUGUUGAAAUGGGAUUUAGCUGGAAAUAAUUUUCAUCCUUUUUGUAGCUACAGCUGGGUCAUACCAAUAGCAAUAUUUAUUAUGUGUAUGGUAUGUGUUAACCCUUAAGACCAACAAAAAAUGUAUUUGCAUGUUUGUAUAGAGUUUGCCUAAAAGCUGUCACCACUACUGAAAAAAAAAAAAGGUAGAUCAAUAUUCUAUAUGUUGAUGUAUCAGAACGAAGCAGAAGAAAUCCACUUUUAUCUCAAAGCACUGAUUCCAAAUAAUCCUUUGGAGUUUGCCACUCUAGCUGAGUUUAAGCAGUCCUCUUGAGCAGUUCCUAGGAUAAGGAAACUUAGAAUAUAUAUAUAUGUUUAGUUUUAAGUGAUUCACAAGGUAAGAUUCAUCCCUAACAUGUUAAUUUAGCUUUGUUUGCUACUAUGAUGUAGUCUGGUUUUCAGUGAUGAUGUGGGAGUUGAGGAGAAGGUGACUAAAACAGGGAAGGUUUUGUUCCACAUAUAAUUUUAGGUAAGUAUUCUAUUGACCCUCAACUCAUAUACCUCUUACUAAAGAGCAUUUUAUGCUACGUUAAUCUGCUAAACUAUGUAUAUAGAAAAAUUGUUCCUUUCAAAUACCUGAUUUGAAAACAAGUGCUUAUAACUAUUAAACAGAACUCAGUACUUAUCAGUGUAUCAUGAAAAAAGUAAAUUAUAUAUAAUACCUCUGUAACUAUGUAGAAAGUAACAGCACAUGUAUAAUCAAAAUGCAGAGAUUUUUUUUAUAUGGCCUUGAAUAAGGAAAGCUUGAAAGAAUGUUAAUAAAUGUUUUCCACUUUA